GGCCGAUAGUGUCAUAUAUCAAGUUUUAUACAAAGUAUAUGGUCACACGACUGGUUUCCUCAUCCAGAAUUAAGGAUUUUUUUUCCCAUUGAAAAGACUUGGCCUCUUUUUUUUAAGGUCACACGACAUCUUUCCUAUUUGAACGACAGACUUUUCUUAUCCGAACCAUCUAGACAAACACAGAUAUGAAGUUCUCACACUCGUUGCAGUUCAAUGCUGUGCCGGAAUGGGCUGACCAUUACCUCAACUACGAUGGCUUGAAAAAGACCAUCUACGAGCUUGAGCAGCAGGUCUUGGACGAGGCUGCCUCUACGACCAGUUCCGCCACCAUUGAGGGCGCUGCUUCCUCACCGUUCAGGGACAGCACUAAGGGCGCUAAGAAGAUGUUUAGCAAGUUUUCCGGGAAGCUCAAGCGGGGCGACUCCGACUCUGAUUCGGAUGUGGCCGAAAACACUGCUGAGUGCGACAUUGAGUUGCAGUCGACGUACUCCGGUGCGUUCAACCCGCGGAAGAUCUUUGUCGCCAAAUUGAACCACGAAUUGAACAAAAUCGAUCGCUUCUACAAGGAAAAGGAGGCGGAAACCUACAAGGAGUUUAACCUUUUGGCAGAAAACUUGUCUAUGGUAUACCCUGACACGUCCCAGGCUCACGUGAUGGGAGACACUGCGAGCCAGUUCAGCCGCGGCCACACCCGUGCUCUUUCUGGGCUCUCGGCUCCGGACCAUGAGGACGACGAAGACGUGGAAUUGGAUGACUACGACGAAAGCAACCCCAACACUGCCUUAUUGAAGGCGUCAGACCUCACGAUUAAGGAUCAGGAGCAGAUCAAGUUAAAGAAGAAACUCACCAUCUUGUUUGUGGAGCUCUCCUCGUUGAAGUCGUACGUGGAGUUGAACCGUAUCGGGUUCACCAAGAUCUGUAAGAAGUUCGACAAGGUGCACAGCGAGACGUUAAAGGCGGACUACUGCUCGGAGUUACCAGCCACUUCGUACAUCUUCCAAGAAGAGACCGUCACCGAAAUGGACACCAAGAUCGACGCUACCAUCUUGGACUACGCCACGUUGAUGGGCCAGAACGAUAUCCUCAAGGCCAGGCAGGAGUUGCGCUCGCACUUGCGCGAGCACAUUGUUUGGGAGAGAAACACCGUAUGGAAGGACAUGUUGGGCUUGGAAAAGGCUAGACACCAGAUCGAUGCCCAGAAGGGCUUGAUGGGCGACACCGUCUUCCACCGCCUUAACCACAUGGACUGGGCCACCUUCACCGUCCCUAAGUCGGAGUUCACCAUCAAGUAUCCAGCCUUCCUCAUCUCUUGGCAAAUCGCGAAGGUGUUGUUGGCGAUCGUCGUGACCGUCGUGCUUUUGGUGGUCAAGACCUUCCACGACCAACAGCAGCAUAACUGCAUGGCGCUUUUGGCGUGUGCGGCAAUCCUCUGGGCCACCGAGGCGAUUCCGCUCUUUGCGACCUCGCUCUUGAUUCCGUUCUUGGUUGUCACCUUUAAAGUGUUGAAGAACACCGAUGGCUCGCCAAUGAACGGUGCUGACUCGGCCACGUACAUCUUGGGCCAGAUGUGGAACUCGGUUAUCAUGGUGUUGCUCGGUGGGUUCACCUUGGCUGCUGCCUUGUCCAAGUACAACAUUGCCAAGGUUUUGUCCUCUUAUAUCUUGACUAUCGCUGGUUCCAGCCCUCGUAACGUUUUGUUGGCAAUCAUGUGUGUGGCGUUGUUCUUGGCCAUGUGGAUUUCCAACGUCGCUUCGCCGGUCUUGUGCUUCUCCUUGAUCCAGCCGGUCUUGAGAACCUUGGAAACUGACUCCGACUUUGCCCAGGCUUUGAUCAUGGGGAUUGCUUUGGCCUCCAACGUUGCGGGUAUGGCCUCACCAAUCUCCUCCCCUCAGAAUGUCAUUGCCCUCCAGUAUAUGAGUCCUAACCCUGGCUGGGGCAAGUGGUUUGCGGUUGCUUUGCCUGUUUCCAUCGUCUGCAUGUUGCUUAUCUGGCUCGAGUUGUGCAUCUCGUACCCAAAGAUGCAGAAGCACAAGAUGCAGGCCUUCAAGCCUAUUGUUGAGAAGUUCAGCACUAAGCAGUGGUACAUCUGUGUGAUUACCGUGUUGACCAUUGUCUUGUGGUGCUUGGUGAACCAGUUGGAGCAACAGUUUGGUGCGGCCGGUGUUGUCGCCAUUAUUCCAAUCAUUGCCUUUUACGCUACAGGGAUUUUGACCACGGAGGAUGUGAACAACUACCCAUGGUCGAUUGUGCUUUUGGCCAUGGGUGGUCUUGCGUUGGGAAAGGCUAUCACUUCUUCCGGUUUAUUAGCCCUUAUCGCCAAAUCCUUGCAGUUGCGCAUCCAGGACUAUUCCCUCUUUGUCAUCAUGAUGAUCUUCGGGCUCGUGGUCUUGGGCUUUGCCACCUUCGUCUCCCACACCGUGGCUGCCUUGAUCAUCAUUCCAUUGGUUAAGGAGAUUGGUGAUGCGUUGCCACACCCUCAUUCGUUGCUUUUGAUCAUGGCCUCUGUCUUGAUGGCCUCGGGUGCCAUGGGCUUGCCAACUUCCGGGUUCCCUAACGUCACCGCCAUCUCCAUGGUAGACGAGUUGGGGAAACCGUACUUGACCGUCAAUGGGUUUAUCACCCGUGGUGUGCCGGCCAGUAUUAUCUGUUUUGUCGUUAUCAUCACUUUGGGGUACGGUAUCAUGUCUGGUAUCGGUUUCUAACCAGCUUGCACGCGACUUUCCUUUUUCUCGCCGCCGGUGGGGUUUCUGUAUAUUAUCUUAGAAUUUGUCAUUUUUAA